GAGGGUAAUGCCCCUUGCCAUUUAAUGAUUGUUAAAUAAACUUUCAAACAAGGACAAAGACUGUGCUUGUAGUUGGAUGACUUGCACUCCAUUCAACAAAAGUUAACCUGGUAGAUUUUCCAAAAUACACAAUGAUAGGUACUAUAAAUGGACAGGUUUUUCAGGUACUUGGGCCAAUCAUGCUAACCCUCCUUCUGACGACUGUCCCAGUUGUUCGGAGCGGGAAGGUUCUCGUCUUUCCCGUGGGUGGCAGUCACUGGAUCAACAUGAACAUCUUGGUUGAAGCACUUCAUGCCAAAGGACACAAAGUUACAGUCAUUCGGAUAGCAGACAGCUGGUACAUCAAAGAAUUCUCACCUCACUACACAUCAAUCAAUCUCAAGUCUGAAGGAGGAUUUAGUGAAGAAUUACUCGAGACAUUUGCAUCCAGACUAAUGGGAAUUAUGAGGGAGGGUUCGAUCUGGGCUCGUCUGAAGCUGGACUUAAUAAUGUGGAAAAGUUUCUUAGGGAUGCUUGAAGUAGAAAACAAGAUUAUAAUCAACAUGUUUGAAGACCAGCAGCUAAUGCAGUCCUUAAAAGAUUCCAAAUAUGAUUUGAUUCUAACAGAUCCAGCCAUGUUUGGAGGUGUCCUAUUGGGUCAUUAUCUCAAACUGCCCAUUGUCUACAAUGUCCGUUGGACAGUUUACAGUGAGGCUCAUUUUGUAAUAGCUCCUUCACCACUUUCUUAUAUUCCUGCUUCAAUGCUGGAGUUAUCAGACCGCAUGAGUUUCUUGGAAAGAGUGAAGAAUGUUGUGAUGUACAUCAUACCAGAAAUAAAGCUAGCUAUCAUGAUUACUCCAACUUAUAAUGCACUUUGUGAACGCUUCAUUGGCCCAGGAACAUCCUACUUAUCUUUACUUCAGGGUGCUGAUCUGUGGCUCCAUAGAGCUGAUUUUAUUUUUGAAUUUCCACGUCCCACUAUGCCGAACAUUGUCUACAUUGGAGGUUUUCAGUGCAAGCCAUCAAUGCCUCUUCCACAAGACCUGGAGGACUUUGUGCAGAGCUCUGGUGAGCAUGGUGUCAUCAUCAUGUCUCUGGGCACUCUCUUUGGUCAGCUUCCUGAUGAUGUGGCUGAGGCAAUUGCUGAAGCUUUUGCAGAACUUCCACAGAAGAUCAUCUGGAGGUACAAAGGAAAGAGACCAUCUGCACUGGGGAACAACACCUUAAUGAUGGACUGGAUUGCUCAGAAUGAUCUUUUGGGUCAUCCUAAGACCAGAGCCUUUGUGGCACAUGGAGGAACCAAUGGAAUUCAAGAAGCCAUCUACCACGGGGUGCCAAUCAUUGGAUUUGGGCUGAUUUUUGACCAGCUUAGUAAUCUUUUAAAUAUGAGAGUAAAGGGUGUAGCUAAGAAUGUAGACUUUGCCACAGUGGAUAAGGACGCCUUUCUUAAAACUGUUAAAGAGGUUCUUUAUGAGCCCUCUUAUUGGGAGAACAUGCAGAGGCUCUCAAGGCUUCACAAGGACGUCCCAGUGAAGCCUCUGGACAACGCCAUUUUCUGGAUUGAGUUUGUUAUGAGGCACAAAGGUGCCGCUCACUUGCACACAGACUCUUACAAAAUGCCCUGGUACUCUUAUCACUCUGUUGAUGUCAUACUGUUCCUGCUUUCUGCCGUGUCACUCAUGAUCCUGAUCAUAUAUACGGUUAUCAAGUAUUUCUGCUGCAGAAUAUGCAUGAGAAAAACAAAAAACAAGCUACAGUAAUGAAGAUGAGGUUUUAGGAUUUGCAUUACUUUCCUACUUUCCUUUUUUACAGUAUGUUUAUACCUUUAUAAAGCAUUUUUCGUCAACGGAAAACAACAAACAUAUUUCAUUACUUGACAUAGUAAACAUGUCUUAUUCUGAAUGUCACAAGCAGUAGUGACACUUCCAUUGGGGCAACCUGUGAUUGUGAUUAUGUACUGCUCAGGAGCACAGUGGUGGUAGAUGUUUCCAGUUUAUGAUUCACAUCUAGUACAAGUAUCACUUCACUUGUUUGUGUUUUAUCAGUCUGUAUAAAAGUGGUUUUCAUUACUUUUCUCAUUUGUGUUCGCUCAGGUCUCAUUGGCCAAUAUACUGACUUGGUUAUGAAACAUGAAUUACAUUUUUUUUUUUUUUUUUACAGUUGCUAGGAAACAUUUCUCAAUACUAAGGGUGCUUUUUCAAAACUCUUCAUACAGUUCUUCUUACCAACUUAAUUUCACAUUCAAAAUGCACUAAAACUCCAAACCACUUCACAUAUGUCUCAAAUCAAGUCAUUCUUCCGUAACACUAGUAAAGGUUGUCAUACAACAAACACACUUUGUCACUCAUAAAACAACCUAAAAAUGUUUUCACAGUGUAUUCUUUUGUAAAAUGUCUUUACAAAAAAAGAAUGACACUCUUUCUACUGUUUAUAAUACACUGCAGUAUAAAGCAUUUUUUCCACUGCAUGGGACAGCUCGGCAUGGUACUGCUUGCUUAAAUAGUACCACCUCGGUUCAGGUUCCAAGCGAGCUGUACCGUAAUACUAAAAUGUGACGUGUAAACACUGCAGAUCUCUGAUUGGUCAGAGAGAAUCGUCACUACCGUCGUGGAUUUGAAACACGAGACACCAAACCUUCUAGAUUUAAAUAGUCAGUAACAGCCACCACAGUAUCAUUUGUUUGCACAACUUUUUUGAAUGACUUGCUGUAAACGACCUUCGCACGCAACUUGAAAAAAGAAAUGGCUGUAUCGUGGUCAGUAGACGAGGUGCAGACGUUCCUCUCAUUGGUAGAUGAGGAGCGGAUCCACGGCAUUAGAGGCGGUGCAACUAUAACGAUCAGCCUAUAAUCCCACCCACUUUGAAGUGGUACUAAACUGCAGUGGAAAAGCAAACCGAAAGUAAAGCGAGCUGUACCGCGCCGAGCCGAGUCGUACCACACAGUGGAAAAGCGGAAAAUGAUCCAUGUUUACAUUACAGUACAAAAUUAUAAGUUUUGUAUAACUUUUGUAUAGAUGGUAAUAGAGUUGUCAAAAGUACCGACUGUGGUACCUAUCGGUACUGAAAUUUUAAAAAUAUGAUGCUUUGAGCGUUGUUGAACGGAUUCGUAAACACCUCUGACUGGCCAUUGUGUUGAUGUGCUCGUCGGAUAUAUCUGUGAUUGGCUUCAAUGAUCAACGCAUGGCAGCAUUUGAAAGCACACGGAAGUGUUUGAAUUUGAAAGCGGGAGCGUUUGAAAGCAGGCGUGUAUCAGCGGACUGGUCUGCGAUAGACGCCUGCUUUCAAACGCUCCGGAAUGUAUCUGUGUAAGCACUCGGUGAAGAGCUUCAUUGAUGACUAUUUACAAUGUUUUUACAGCGUUGAUCAUUGAAGCCAAUCACAGACAUAUCUGAUGAACCCUGAACACAAUGGCCAAUCAGAGGUGUUUACGAAUCCGCUCAACAGUGCUCAAAGCAUCACAUUUUUAAAAUUUCAGUACCGACUAGGUUCCGAAGUCAGUACUUUUGAGAACUCUAGAUGGUAAUGAAAUUAAAAGGCUAAAAUCUGUGUACGUGUUCAUCUACAUAUAAUUGUUUUGGUAGUAUUUAAAUUUUAGAUCAGAAUAUAUUUCAAUAUGGUAUAUACUAUAGAAAUUGCUGUCAUAUUCAGUUUUGUAUUAUGCUAAGUUUUUAAACUUAAGUUUAAGAGUUUUGAAAAGACUUUUGAAAAUGUGCAAAUUGGCCUGAAGGUACAUAGACUUGUGGUGGUGUUUGUGUCUAAGUGAGAAAAGAAUUCAUGUAAUUUGAAUAAUGUAGUCAUUGAAUGCAUUUAGUGCCAAAGCAAUGGAAGAUGACCUACAGUUUAGCCCACAUAUGAUGUUGUGCUCACUGUGUAAGACUUGAAGACAAAAACUGAGAACAAGAACCCUGCAAUAAAGCAAUAAAGCUUAUCCGGAGAGAAGAUCUCAAAGAAAUAGCAUAGGACAACGCCUUGCCCUCACACAUCUACAGGGUGCAAUCCACCACUGUGUGCAUGUGCAUUUCAACUGAUGUUAUGCAUUUAUUAUUUCUGAAAUGGCUUCUAAUUGUUCAACUAUGAAAUUGACAUGAUACAUUUUUACUUGACAAAUAAAAUGUUAUAUUUGAUUUA